AUGGUAUAUAAUUCAAAGCAUAGCAAUAAUCGUGUCAACUACUUUAUAAAAAAACAUUUCUUCUUAUUAUUUUUGUGUCUUAAUGCAUUUUUUGGUGGUAUUUAUUACAUUCGUGGACGAACUGAAGAAGAAAUAAAUCUAGUUUCAUCUACAACAAAUACAAGAAUAUCAAAUACUAUUCUUAGUCAACAACAGCAUAAUCAAUCUGUAAUAAAAACAAAUAAAGCAAUUGACUUUAUUAAAAAUACACUUAAAGAUGAAUAUAAUCAAGAUGAUUUGAUGAAAUUUUAUAAUCAUGUUCAAAGAGAAUAUUCAUUAGGAUUAAAAUGUGCAAGAAUGCAAAAUAUAUCAAAAACGAUGGCCAUAUAUAAUAGUACUAAUCAACUCGAAAACAAUACUGGAAUUAUCAGUACUAGAGCCAGUUCGUCAUCAUCAAUAUUGAUUUCCUCUCAAAGAUAUCAAUCUUCUCGUCGUUUUCAACGUACCGAUCUUUAUACAUUCAUAAUAGAUAAUUCUGAUGCAUGUUUAAAUGAAUUAGUCGAUUUACUCAUAAUAAUUAUAUCAAAAUCUGAUAAUUAUCAAACACGUGAUGCUAUUCGUCGUACAUGGGCAUCAGGAAAAGAUCUUGGUAUUUAUUCUACAAUAAAUGUAAAAUAUUUGUUUCUUAUUGAUUAUAACGAAAAAUUAAUUCAUCAUAUUCGACUUGAAAAUAAUCUUUUUCAUGAUAUAAUUCAAGUUGAAUUACUACAAGAAUAUACAUUAGUUACACAUCGUGUUUUAUCUUUAUUUGAAUGGUCGUUUCGUUAUUGUCGUAGAGCAAAAUUUCUAUUUAAAACUGAUGAUGAUAUUUUUAUUAAUUUACUAUUGCUUUUAAAAUUUAUUUCGCCAUUAAUUAAACAACCAACAAAUAAUUCAUUUUUAAUAUCAGAUAUGAAUAUUUAUGGUUAUAAACAUGAAAAUUCACUUGUAUUUCGUCAUUCAAAGAAUUCAGUAACAGGUCGAUAUAUUGUUACAUAUGAUGAAUAUUCAUGUAAACAAUAUCCAACAUUUUUAUCUGGUUUUGGUUAUUUAGUAUCAAAAAAAGCAAGAGAUGCCAUUCUCUAUACUGCUUAUCAAGAUCCAGAACCAUUCCGAAUAUCUGAUGUUUAUUUAACUGGUAUCAUACCUGAUUAUCUAUCCAUUCCACGUCAAUCCUUAUCUGAUUAUAAGAUUGAAUUUACACGUAGCUGUGACGAUUUUUUUCGUCAUUCAAAAGCAUUCGCAUGUGCAGACAGUAUUCAUCAUGGUAAUACGAGUGAUACUUUUAGUAAAUUUAAUCAAUAUUGGCAACUUAUUAAAAACAAGCAUAUAUGA